UUUACGCGGAUGGAGGGAUGAAGGAAUGAAAAAAAAAACACUUAUCGUAUACCGCAAAGAACAAGAACAGUGAGAUAGUACAGCAGUUUAAUGUAUUAAGCUAUAAAUGACACCGUUGUUUCUGUUAGGCCGCUUUUGAACCUUUUUAAUAAAAGGCUGACACCCGACUGGCGACUCGGAGAAAUGGAACAUAUCCGAACGCCGAAGGUGGAGCAAGUGAGGCUGUUGGACCGUUUCAGCAACAAAUCCACAAAUGGUACGCUGUACCUCACAGCUACACAUCUCAUCUUUGUGGAGAGUAGCUCAAACAACUCCACAUCUGCCGGGCAGGAGAUCUGGAUUCUGCACCACCAUAUAGCCACUGUGGAGAAACUCAGCCUGACCACCACAGGCUGUCCUCUGGUCAUUCAGUGCCGGAACUUCAGGGUGGUUCAUUUUGUGGUGCAGAGAGAACGAGACUGCCAUGAUGUUUACAGCUCCUUGCUGCGUCUUCUAAGACCAGUUUGCUUCGAGGAACUCUAUGCGUUUUCCUACAACCCCAAACAAAACGAUCAGGAGAGGGAGGAAGGAUGGCAGCUCAUUGACCUGGGGGCAGAGUUUGAGCGAAUGGGCGUCCCCUGUGACCAAUGGCAGCUCACUGAUGUUAACAGAGACUACAAGGUUUGUGAGACAUAUCCACAAAACCUAUAUGUUCCCAUCACAGCCAGUAAGCCCAUCAUCGUGGGCAGCUCCAAGUUCAGAAGCAAAGGACGCUUUCCUGUGCUCACAUAUUUCUACCAAGAGAAGAAGGCAGCAGUGUGUCGCUGCAGUCAGCCUCUUUCUGGGUUCAGCGCACGAUGCCUGGAAGAUGAAAGUAUGCUGCAGGCCAUCAGCCGAGCCAAUCACAACAGCCGAUUUAUUUACGUCAUGGACACAAGGCCAAAGUUGAACGCUCUGGCUAACAGAGCAGCAGGGAAAGGUUACGAGAAUGAGGACAACUACUCCAACAUCCGCUUUCAGUUUGUUGGGAUUGAAAACAUCCACGUGAUGAGGACAAGCUUGCAGAAGUUACUAGAAGUGAUUGGCACUCGAUCUCUUUCCAUGAGUGACUACCUGGUGGGACUAGAAAAUUGUGGCUGGCUGCGGCAUAUCAAGGCAGUGACGGAUGCUGCCAUCUUUCUUGCCAAGGCGGUGACAGUGGAGGGAGCAAGUGUGCUGGUUCACUGCUCAGAUGGAUGGGACAGAACUGCCCAAGUCUGUUCGCUGGGAGCACUGCUCAUGGACCCCUAUUAUCGCACUAUUAAGGGCUUCAUGGUACUGAUAGAGAAAGACUGGAUCUCAUUUGGUCAUAAGUUUGCAGACAGGUGUGACCAGUUGGAUGGCGAUCCAAAGGAGGUGUCUCCUAUCUUCACUCAGUUCCUGGAGUGUGUCUGGCAGCUCACUGAGCAGUUCCCACAGGCAUUUGAGUUCAGUGAGUGGUUCCUGCUGCAGAUCCACGAGCAUGUCCACUCGUGUCAGUAUGGAAACUUCCUCGGCAACAAUCAGAGACAGAGAGAGGAGUUACAGCUAAGAGAGAGAACUCACUCAUUGUGGGCGUUUCUAAUGAGCGAAAGGCAAAAUUACCUAAAUCCAUUCUACAGUCCUGCCUACUCUGAAGCACAUCCUGUGCUGCAACCCUCCACCCUGCCUUAUCAUUUCAAGUUUUGGAGAAACAUGUACCACCAGUUUGAUCGGUCCAUGCACCCGCGGCAGUCCAUCCUCAAAGCCAUUCUGACUCUGAAAGAGAAGACCUGCAAAGCAGAGAGCACGCUGCAUGCACUGGAGAAUAGGCUCCAACAGCACGGCGUAGCUCCCAUGGCAACCUCUGACACCCCUGCACCUCCUCCAAGUAGAGAUCAACGCUCCAACCCCCUGCCGCCACGCCCUGACUCUCUCAUCCUGGGUGCUCCUGUCAACCACAAAGAAGUGGAGCGUCACCAGGAGGAGGAUGAGCAGGGAGAGGAGGCACUAGAGAGCACCAACUCUGAGCGGACUGUAGAGGGCAGUAGCGGCACCGAGAGCCGAAAGCAGAGCUAUGGAGAGCUGGAAGGCAAACACAAUGAGGAGCUGGCCAAGGAAGAGCCAGCUGUUGUAAGUCUGGAGUUUGGUGUGGCACGUAUGACCUGCUGAAACCAAACCCAAUAAUAGUGGGACGCAGAGAGGCUAAGAGUCAGGAAUUGUACCGAAAAUCUUCAUGUGUUUGCUUGUGUCAAAGGCAAGCUUGUUAUGUGUGAUAGUGCUGCGAUUGUAUGAUGGUCCUCAAUGGACAGAGUGACUGAAAUUGUAUGCCUGUAUAGUCUAAUAUCUGUGGAAAGCCUCAUAAUACUAUCAUAUACUGCAUCUAUAAUAAAAAAAGCCUGUUUUUUUUUAUGAAUGUUGUAAAGUACUAUAGAAACUCAUGAACAGAAGAAGAGAAUAAAUGCAUCAAAAACGA